GCAGCAUCUUCGAUCUUCAUUGUUCCUUGACCCUUCUCAUUGACUCCGCGUCGUUAUCGGCGACAGCGCUAUCGCUAACUUUGUCCGGCGAAUUCUAAUCAGCUGUUGUCCCGCGCUCGCUCCUUCUCCCGCUUCUAGUCUUGACAUUCCGCCGUUCAAAGGUGGACGAGGCUGACGUGUGCGCCUGGAACCGCCGAGUCUUAGUCUCAGUUAAUCCUUUCUACGCAUUCUUUUCCCGCAUUUUUUGACUUUGACUCUCUCUCCCUCCCUCUUACCCUUUGGCGGGUGCAGGAAGUGGGGAAAGCGCGAGGAAACAUCGACGAGAAAAACCAGACGAUCGCCUGUCAAUCUGACCUAACCUGACGUGACCCGACCUGACCCGGACCUGUCUCCGACAUCGUCUCCGAGUUUCCGACAACGCGAUGGACCUGGAGGCCGAGACCUGCGAACCGGGGCUGACCAAGGAAUGGGACGACCUGGCUCAGGACUACAAGGAACUUGAGGCACUAAAUAGAGAAUAUCUUGCGAAAUUAGAAGAGAUUGGUGAGUUGCAAGCAAAAUGCGUGAAAGGAAUCUCACACCAGAAAUACCGGAUGAGCAUAAUAUCCAAGAUGUUGAAACGAUUGAAUACAAGAGAAAGGCGAGAAGAAUUAAAAAAAUCUAUGGCGAGGAGAGAACAACAGCUGUACGAGAUAGAACAAACAUUACCUAAGCCAAAUGGCACAUAUCUCCAAAUUAUUCUAGGCAGUGUUAAUGUCUCCAUAUUAAAUAAAAGUGACAAAUUCAAAUACAAAGAUGAAUAUGAAAAAUUUAAAUUAGUUUUGUCAGUAAUUGGAUUUGUACUAUCUGUAAUAAAUCUGUUUACUAAUAUAAGGACUUUAGAACUUAGUUUUAUGUUUCUCCUUGUUUGGUACUAUUGCACAUUGACAAUAAGAGAAAGUAUACUUAAAGUAAACGGCUCGAGGAUCAAAGGAUGGUGGAGAUUUCAUCACUUUCUCUCAACUGUAGUAUCCGCUGUUCUGCUAGUGUGGCCAAACACAGGACCAUGGUACAUCUUUCGUAGCCAAUUCAUGUGGUUCAAUGUAUACAUUAGUAUAGUUCAGUACUUGCAGUUCCGGUACCAACGUGGCGUUUUGUAUCGCUUGAAAGCGCUAGGUGAGAGAGACAAUAUGGACAUUACCAUCGAAGGAUUUCACUCGUGGAUGUGGCGCGGUCUUUCCUUUUUGCUGCCGUUCCUCUUCAUCGGUUAUUUAUUUCAGCUUUACAACGCAUACAUAUUAUACCAAUUGGCAUAUCAUCCGGAGGCGACAUGGCAUGUAUCAGUGCUUAGUGCCAUGUUCCUUGUACUAUUCCUAGGCAAUACUACUACCACUAUCAUGGUGAUUCCCCAGAAACUCGUCAAGGAACGCGUCAAGGACCAUCUGUUCGCAUCCAAGUCUGAUUGUAGGAAGGAAAGAACUGUACACGAUAACAAAAGCGAAAAGAGUGAGUGAGAAGAAGACUUUUCGGCUGGCAAAGAACUCGACUAACAUAAAUAACGCGAAAAAUCAAGAAAAAUUACGAAUAACAGGAACAAGAGUUUGCAUUAUAAAGUGGUGUUGGUGCUAACGUUAAAACGUUAAUGAACACUUGAGUACUGAGUCCUUUGCUCGUUGCGUCAUGUAAAGGUAAACUAUAAUUACACACAUACACACACACAAAUAUAUAACGACGUAACGAAAGGAAUCGCGAUCUCGUGUACUUUUUUUACUGACUUUGUUUUUGAUAAAAUCCGUUGUAGAGUAUUUUUGUGAAUGUUUUUUGCGCUCUCCGGUUAAAUCCCGGAGUAUACGAACUGGUCCAAUUUCAAUAACAGACAUUUCUACGCACAUUUUUCGAAUCUAUUUUUCCUCAGGAAAAAAAUCAUCGCACGGGAUUAUUAUCUCUCUAAUGCUAUUUUUCGAAAUUUCUGUAAAUAGGUUUCGAAUAAAGAAAUUUGUUAAAACCUAUGAAUUCGAGUGAAUAUUACAUAGCUUUAUAUUUCUUUAUCUUUUAUCCUUUUUUCCUGUUUCGAAAAAAAUGUCUUAUUUUAAGUGGUCAAUUAUUUAUAAAUCAUUCUUGAUAAUCGGAAAAAAAUUGACUCCAGACUGAAUCGUUACAAUUUGACUCGCUUGUUCCGGGAUACUCUGCAUACGGUUCUUGCUUGGAAUACACGCAUUUAUUGAUCGAAUUGAUAACAUUUAUUCAAUAAUGUUCAAUUGCGAACGUGAUAGAAGCCACGUUGAUAAGACAUCGAGAAAUCUACAUGCAUGUAUAUAUGUACACAAUUUAUAUGUAUAUGGCUAGUAUUAAAGUUUCUUUCAGAUUUUCUUUCAGAUUGGGUCUAUAUUUUAUGAAACAAACUAUACAUGUGCACAUGUAAAUUAUGCAGCUAUUUGACAUGUAUACAUACAUACAUAUAUGUACAUGUAUACUUGUAUAUAUAUCGAAUAUAUAUUCGAUAUCGCGUUUAUUUCUUACAAAUUAUAAUGCGAAGAGAGUGCAUCGGAGGUGUAUCAUAUAAUUAUUACUCUUUAUUUCGACAUGUAUAUGUUUAUUGAAAUGUAUUUAUUCAUGUGUAAAUAAAAAGCGUGGUCGUUU